AAGCCGACUGAUACUCCAAAAAAGUACAUUCCACAAGAGAAAAACUCAAUAGUGUAUCGCCUAACAUCAACCAAAUAAACGAGUCUUUUGAGUCUGACUCAGAAUGUCAUCAGCUCCGCUCGGCACCGCACCAGGCGGCCGCACAAGUCGCGGUGGCGGGUUGCCGCUCUUACCGCCGCGAUCCGAUCAUGACACAACGAUGGGAAAUCAGAGUCAACAUCAACAUCAAAGCGGCGGAUCUUCUUCCUCUGCUAGCAUAAGCAUCGCUUCUUCGACUUCAGCCAUCCGCGUCGCAGUCCGUAUUCGACCUCUGCUUGAAGGUGAGAGCGGAAAAGCGGAAAACCUUGUUGUCGUAUCUAAUCAUGCCAAUCACCAGUCUCAUAGAGGUAGUUUUUCCUCUGCCUCGGGAGGACUUCUGGGAAGCAAUGGUGCAGGAGCUGGAUCCUCAUCUUCCACUGCUGGCGCGACAUCGAGUGGUUGCGCAGGUACCAUAGCCGUCAAAACCGAGAAGGGGGACACAAAAAUUUUCGCAGUGGAUCAAAUCUUCGACUCCAGAUUACCAGGCAGAGCGGGUCAGUCCGCAGUGUAUCAAGCCUUCUGUGCCGAUUUAGCGGCUGCUGCGGUUGAAGGCUACAACAUCUGCGUCUUUGCCUAUGGCCAUACGGGGACAGGGAAGACGUACACGAUGCUAGGCGACUACAAGAAGAAGCCGUUUAUGCCAACCGCGAGGACACCAGGGUCCUCAUCGGCGUGUUCCGGAACAGGGGUGUUGGGAGGAACACCAGAUACUUCGACAGGAGGUCGAGAACACUUGCAAUUGGUUGCUGGAGGCGGGGGACAAUUGCAUUUAUGUAUCAUUAUCUUGGGAGGUGAGAGCAUCUACUUCGUGUAGAAGUCCUCGUACUAGUACCCUAGGUAAGAGUCUGUCUGGACCAUCAUCAACAUUGAGAUUGAUAGCACUAGUUAUACUAGUGGAAGUGCUGUACAAGAAGCCUAUGAGUAAGUAUGUGUAUGUGCAUCAAACCUAGUACCUAUGAGUAAGUAUGUGUAUGUGCUGUAGCUGUCAACAUAGUCAUGGCAUCGAACCUUAUUGGCUUCUAACGUGACCCUCCGCAUCUAGCCUCGUCGCAACACCACAAAUUUUCGGGGAAGCUGCAGGAAUUGUUCCCCGGAUGUUCCGGAAGCUGCUUGAUCAGCACAGUGACCGCUUCUUCUUUGCAGUGACGUAUUUUGAGGUCUACCUCGAAAGGAUACGGGAUUUGUUACACGACUUCAAGAAAGACCUGAACGCCACAAGGGUCGGGGCAGGCGGAUCGAACACCACAAAUGCUAACGGUGGGCAGACAGGCUCUAAUGGUCAAAUUCAACAUAGUCCUUUCGGGUCUUCUAGCAAUGCAGCUACUACUGGAGGAGGAAAUAGUGGAAACAAUGGCGCAAUGCAAGCCAGCAGUCCUGCGGAUGCAGACGGCACAGAUCAAAACGGAGAGAACGCAAACUCCUCUUCUUCUUCAGCAACAAAGAACGGCAAAGCUGCAGCACCACCAAAACCGACUGUCCAUUUGCAUCCUAAGGUGGGUGUUUUUGUCUCGAACCUGAGCGAAAUCUUAGUUCAUAGUGUCGAAGAGGCUCUGCAGUGCGUGGAAUACGGGAACAGGAGACGAAGUUCGGCUUCUACGAGUCUGAACAGGCAAUCGUCAAGGUCGCAUGCGAUUGUGCAAUUGCGAUUGAUACCAAAAUUGGUGCCGAACGGUGCUGGUAAGGGAAAUGGUGGAGCUUCUAGUGCAGGUUCCAAUACGACCACAACAACAUCCAAUACGACAAACAACCAGCCGCAAUCGGGACGCCAAUCACAGCAACAACAAUUGCAGAAUUUGACGAUUGCAGGAGCUCCUAUUGGCAAUAAAGUCACCCUAGUCGACUUGGCAGGCAGAGAGCAGGAGAAAAAGAUCACUAGUGAAAACAACAUUCGCAUACGGGAGACGCAAUUCAUCAAUCGAAGUCUCUUUCAUUUGAGUCACUGCAUUCAGAAACUAGCUCAGGGGUGCUCUUUAGAUCAACAAGCAGGAGGCGUGAGACGGAACAGUCAGUCGGUCAUGAGUGGUGGAGAGUCCUCGAACAUGGGAACGCCAAGAAGACCAGAUUUGGAACCAACGACACGAACCUUGGAUUUUAGGAACUCGAAAUUGACGAUGCUGUUGGCUGGUAACGCUUCUAUAUUCAGUUUUUGCACUAUCCCUAUCGUCUUCCUAAAAUCAAAAUUCAUGAGCAUCUUGAUAUGUAUUAUCCUGUGAUUUUCGUGAACGAGGAGCCUACUGCCUCCCUCAGAUGCUCUUACCGGCAAUUCCAAAACGGUUUUGAUGGGUACCGUGUGUCAUGAGAAAACCCUGAUGGAAGACACAGUCGCGACUUUGCGCUUUUGUACGAAUGUUAGGGAAGUGAAGACACAGCCUCGGAUAAACGCAAAUGUGACGCAAAUAGAUCUAGUGCGGUCGUUGGAGGAAGAGGUAAUGCUCUUCUACUCAUAGUAGAUGUGAUUCUAUACACCCUACUUGCUACUUCUGCUUUAUCUUGGUCAAUCAAUCAUAAGCACGACCUCGUUUCACAUCACCCUUCACGAAACGAAUUAUCCACCUCGUUUCACAUCACCCUCGUCAACGAACCCAAUUUUACCACCGCUGUGCAUAGGUAGCAGCCCUCCGCUCCCAACUCUCCUUAGCCGAGACUGGUCGAGAACAGCUUACCGAAGAACUAGCGCAGAAGGAGGAUUUGGUUAGUUUCUACAAAUCCAGUUGGGAGCAAAUGUCCAAACAACUGGUGUCAAACGAGCAGCAGGCAGCCUCCGUGCACCGAACGAGGAGUCGAUCUAGAUGUGCUUCUAGAGGUCAAUCGCCAAGGACGCCCAUUGGAGAUGGGGUGUCGCCGAAGAAUGCUUUGGCGGGUACUUUCCACAGUACAUAUCCUUGGCUUUAAUCGAAUCAUACUUCUACUUGUUCUUUCAGCUCUGUGUAUUUCAUGUUCAUCGUUGGACGAGAUCAUACGUACGCCUAAGGAUUACUAAAAGAACAAAACAUGAUCUUGUCAUCUUUAUCUUCGGCUCUUCAGCUUCCGGCAGCACCGCAUCGACCACACAGCAACGACGCAGGAAUUCUGGUCCACGCGGCGGUGCGAAGCAACGCUCCUCUUCACAGUUCGUCCCUCGUAGCGCUUCCUCUUCUCAGCAAGGGUAUCACCUCCCCCCAGAGGUCCUCCACAACCGCAUGGCUCUUCUGCGAAAUCAACUAGAGGAAGUGAAACCGCUCGUCGAGGAAGCCAAUGUGAUUACUUCCUACCUGAGACCAAGCGAAGGCUUAUGGCUCGAACUAGAGGUCUGCGGGAGCUAUGAGGAACUCUUUGAAGUAGGAGGUGGCAUAGCGGGAACUCCUGGAGGAGGCGUCGAUCAACCAAGUCUUCAUAGAGGAACUGGUACAACAACUGGAGCUGGAGGAAGAAGUAGAAACUCAGGGCAUUCUUCUAGCAGUUCUUGUACUACCAAUUCCGCAGGUGAGCUUGUGGUUAGUCUCUACCAGAAAUCGUCUGGUGGUGGAGGUGCGACAGCGACAUCAAGAGGAGGACUGGGAAAUCCUGGAAGCAGAGGUGGACAAGCACCCUUAACAGGCAGUAAGUUGAGUUCCACAUCUGUGCUAGAACGUGCUGUUGGUUCUUCUACUCAACAUACCGCGACGUCAACAUCUGCUGGUGCUGUCCAACAUGAACAUCAUCACCCUGACGACUUAGCCACCAGACUACUCGAGAUGAUUGAGUUCGUCAAUCAUGAAUCUCCUAUGCGGAAAGUGCAAAUAUGGCAGUUAGAGGACUUCCUAAGACGUCUAUUGGUCUUCCGCCGCCUCUACCGCGAGUGCAAAGAGAAGUCCUCAUGUACGGCUGAACAGUUGAGAGCAGCCUUUCGCGUGGCUCCAGAGCGCGAUCCUUGGUUAGUCGGACAAAGCGAAUUUGUCCGUUACAUCUCUGGAGGUGGCACUUCUGCGUCAUCUUCAGGUGUAAUUAUGGGUGGUGGUGUGAACGUUGUGCGAGCUGGAAGUGGAGCACCUCCGUUGGUGGCUAUGGGUACUGCUUACGAGGAUGGAUUAAGUGCUUAUCCACCAGGGGACAACAAUAAAAAGUGUCUACAGAAUUAUUCUUGUUCCGAUCUUUUUUCCUCCUGUUCCUUCUGCCUAGUAUGUAACUCUUCUCUCACACCCUCUCUCUCUCUCUCUACAGGUGGUCGCGGCUCCCUUUCCUCGUCAAACCUGGCAACGCCUAGUUCGAUCCAGCAUGGCUUCAACGGUUUCGACAUUGGUGGACGGAGCAGUCGACAAUUGUCAUCGCCAGCCCUGAGCCACCGGACAGACCAUACCCACGAAGGAGGUCACAACUUGUUGGCGGGGUAUGCAGCGGCUGGGGGAGCUGGUAAGUAAUUCUUAGGGUGUUUUGCUGGAAGUAGUACGAUGAAACAAUGAUCUCACUCACUAGGUGUAGUUGUAGGUCUAGGUCUCUAGAAUCAACGUCGCUCCAUCCUUCAGCUUACCAAUCCGGUAUGUUUCCACCGACCUCCGCCGUUUCGUCCCCGACGACAGAGCAACUCUUCACCUUGGACGACUUUUCUGAGCGCGAAAUCGCGUUGCGGACUCAGCUGAUGAUGUGCCUCGACGCAUUUGUUGGCGAUGGCGUGGGAACCAAGGAAAUCGUUGGCGUCAGAGCUCUUUGCACCAGACUCAAGAACUCUCUAGCCGAGGACUUCUGGCGUGCACGGUCGCCUGGAAAGUCCUUUCGCGAACGAACACAGAGUACUUCCGCUACGGCGGUGGCUGCUGCCGUGGCAGGAGCUGGAAGUGCGGGAGCGAUCAUGCAUCAAGGAAAUGCAACUGGUGUUUCUUCACAUGGAGGAGCUCCAGGUGGCGUUGUGGUUCACACAACCUCUUCUACCGCAUCAUCAUCUUCAACGAUGAAACCUGUCCAGCAACCAGGAAAUGGCGCAGGCACAACCUUGUCCGCUGCAAGCACUAAAGCAACGACAACGGGGCACCACUCGCAGAAUAGUUCUAAGGUGAGUUGUGUCGUGCCAGGCUCCGCUAGUCCUGCAAUGCCACCAGUGUCUACUUCCCCCACGACCUCUACUGCACGCACUCCACCAGGCGACGAUGAAUAUUCUGAGUAUCAGGUGGGAAGACUGACAGUGAACGACGCUGAUUUACCCUUGUUUGGACCGGUGCCGACAAAUGCUCCGAAGCAAACCCAAAUGCGAGCUAGUACACCUACAGGGCCAUCGAGCAGACUUCUAUCACGCGGAGGCACUGCUGGAGCUCGAGCAUCUUCAUCAAAGGAGGCGCAACAACUGCCAUCAGGAAGAGUGAGUUCGUCUGGUCCAGCAAGAGGAGAGCAACAGCAAGCUUCUUCGUCGAGAGCAGGUAGUAAAGGAGCGCCAGGACGCUCAGCAGCGAACAGAGCAUCUUCUGCAACGAGGAAUACCAGUACUCCUGGCGCACGUGCGGCUCCACAAAAUCCCGCAACAUCUAGUAGCAGGACAGCCAUAAAGAUGAAUCCGGGGAUGUCCUCAACACCUUCUGAGAUGUUGAACAUCCCUAGAGUGCCUCCCAUACCUAUGGAAAAGUCAACUGGAAAUCUGCACCAAGUUGGAGGUGGCACGACAACCGGCACUGGUACAGAAGACAGCACUAGCGGUAGUGGCACCUCGUCAUCCUCCAGUGUAGACAUGAUAAUUGCUGACGAAGUCGUUCCAGCCGCUGUGAGGCAGACUGCACGAUCACCAAAUUCUGAAUUCAUAUUCCAAAAUUUUGCUCAAACAGCUCCUUUAGGGAUGGCGAUAUCCCCUAGAGGGCCUCUGUCGCUUCAAGUCAGGACUUCUGCUAUGGCCUCUUCAGGGCCUAUGAACAACGUCGCACCCCCUUCCAUGCAACUACAAGCCACAUCUUCCUCGUCUUCAUCGAAUCAUGUCCAACAACAAGCAACUACCAAUACCAAAAACCAAAUAUUGCAGCACGUUUCUUCUGCAUCCUUUGCGCAUUUCCCUCCCUCGCAUCCAUCUGCGAGAAGUCCAUUGCAAGCAAUGCAGCUUCAUGCGUCGUCAUUUUGCGCAACGAGUCCAAGAGGCAUGGUGCCUGCUCCACCCCUAGGUGUUCCGCCUGUUCUUAAUAUGAGGCACCAGCUCUCAAAUCAAGCUACUGGUGCUCAACAGAGCUAUUCGAAAGCAAGUACACCGCACCAGCAACAGCACCAAAUCGCGCAGCCACAACAGCCCCAGCUGGGUCCUGGUUUGCAACGGACAACGAUAAUUAAGGGUAGGUUAAAGGUGCUUUUCUUACCGCUUUUUAUGCCUCUCCUAAGGGGGAAAGGCAUAACAAGCGGGGUAAGCGAGCACCAAAAACCUACCUCUAAGAUAACGCAAAUCAACCAGAACGGUGCGCGCACGUCGUUUGGGAACGCGACUGGUGCCACGCCAGUUCGGCAACAACAAGGAACACCCCAAGGCGCCCCUCCUUCUUCGGCAUUGAUGAUGAGCUCUGUCUUCGCACAAGACCCGUUUGUCAACCUCAACACUGGAGGUCGUGUGUCUUCAUCUUCUACUACCAAUCUUCCCACUCAACAGCAUGAACAAGAACCAUCGCAACAAGGUGGAGCCCAAGAACAGCACAAACUUCCACAACAACAGCAGCCUCAAGUCCAAUAUCUCCAACCACAGCCUCAAGUCCACCCGCUUCUUCCUCAGCAUCUGAUCUCUCCACUAGCACCUUCACGUGCGAGUCGCAGUGGCUCUGUGGUAGUGCCAAACUUACAGCUCUCUGCGAGAUCGAAUGGGCCGCCACCCAUGCUACCCAGAACAGCGUCGAACAAUGGAAGGGUGCUGUAGGCGAGGGAAAAGGACCGGCGUUAAUCAUGGCAAAAAGUGUGCCGGUGGACCACUGCUGAAUACAACUGCUUGAAUUGAACAUUGAUGCUAGUUGUACGUUGAACAAGUUGUAGAUUGUUUACGAUGAUCCACCAAGAAGAAGAACGAGUACAAGUAAGAAGUAGAACUACAUCAACUAGAUGAUGAACAAGUCGCUUAUAGUCAAACCACAUUUUUCGCAUCCUGUAACUGUAUCUAAUUCUUGAAGUUUUUAACUAGCAAAAAUAUUAAUACUGUCUGAUGUUACUUAGAGUUGUAUCUAUUGGUCAACAAAGCAAGUCGAGAUUUGAGUACAAUUAUUAUCUUCGUUUAACAUAAUACUAAGCGCACGAGCACUUCGGGGGUAAUCUGUUUUGCUUUUCAUUACUGACAUGUUGUUCAUACUUUCUUUAUGGAUUGUGGGAGACAGUUGUAAUCUUGUCUAGAAGGAACAAGAAUAGGUAUAGGAAUCACAAUUGUGGGAACAUCCUCAUCAUCGAUCUGUGAACCAUAAUUCUUGCAGUUGGGAUAGGUGAUAUUCGUUUUUUUGCAUGGCAGCUACAACAAGAUUCCUAUUCCUAGACCGCAUCAACGAACAACAUGAUACUUGUGAUCUCAGCAGUAACAACCUCAGCUGAAUAGACGAAGUAGAUCCUGAUGCAUACGCAAUAUGCACAGCUGGGUAAUUUGGUGCGAGGAUCAUGUGUAGCUACAGCUCAAUCGAUCAACAUAGUUGUUGUAUCAGUGCUGUAUUUCAACGGAGUCACGCAAACCACGACGACAUAUUUCAACAAGGACACACACACACCUACACACAUUGCAUAGGCUGAGGCUGCUCCUCGCAUUAUGAUGAAAUUUUGUCACAACCUUUUUCUAUACAGCACAUUGGUCAACAAUAUUCAAUAUUCUACGCAGCAAAGGAAACAGAAACAGAAGGAGAAGCCAACAGCGACGU